AUGACAGCUCCAACAGCUUUAUUUCAAGAUAAAACUCUUCAAUUAAUAGGGAAACCUUUAAUAAACACAGAUAAGUUACCUGAAGAUAUUAAACGACGAGUAAAUGCUUUGAGAUAUUAUCAAGAUAAGCAUGAAAAAUUAGAAGCAAAAUUUCAAGAACAGAUUUUAGCUUUGGAAAAGCAAUAUUUAAAAGAAUAUAUGCCACUAUAUGAAAUGCGUGCAAACAUUGUUCAAGGUAAAAGCGAACCAACUCAAGAUAUUGUCGAGGAAGGUAUCAAAAUAGAUGAAGAGGAAAAAAAUAAAUUAGGUGAAAAACCAGAAGGAGAAGAAGAUGCAACAACAAAAGAAACCAUAAUAGAAAAAAAGGAAACAGCUGAAGUAGAUGGUGGAGGACCUGCAAAAGGAAUUCCUGGGUUUUGGCUCACAGCUAUGAAAAAUUUAGUUUCUGUUGCAGAGAUUAUUACCGUGCGCGAUGAAGAAGCAUUAAAACACUUGAUUGAUAUUAAAAUGUCAUAUCUUGCAAAACCAGGAUUUGAACUUACGUUUGAAUUUGAAAAAAAUCCAUUUUUUACUAAUGAAAGCUUGAAAAAAACAUAUUUUUAUCGGGAGGAGCCUGGUUAUGGUGGAGAUUUUGUUUAUGAUCAUGCUGAGGGCACAAAAAUCGAUUGGAAUGAAGGCAAAAAUCUUACCAAAACAGUAAAGAAAAAGGUUCAAAAACGUAAAGGUACUACAAAGACUCGUGUAAGAAAAGUGACAGUAGAUACAGAUUCAUUUUUUCUUUUCUUCAGUCCACCAAUUGAACCUGAAGAUGAAGAAGAUGAACAAUUGGAUGAACAAUUAGAAAUGGAUUAUCAAAUUGGUGAAGACAUAAAAGAAAAACUUGUUCCUCGUGCUAUUGAUUGUUAA